AACCCCUCUUCUCGUGAAACCAAAAGAAACCCUAGCUCCUCUCUGUUUCCCACGUUAACCAAAAAACAAAUCCCUCAAAUUAUCGAAAAAUUAGCGACUAAAUUCAACAAUUCGGUUAGGGUUUUAAUUCGAAAUUCAUAGAUUCACAUACUAAUCCGUGUUCCAUGCACGUGAUCUUCGUAUUUCUCUCGAGAAAUCGAAUUCUCGCGGUAUUUCAAUCCAGAUCUGAAAAUGCAUGAUUGGGAUUUGAAAAUAAGGGGUUUUGGUUUUUGGUGUUUGGAUUGAUGGAAAAUAGAGUAGGAAAGUCUCAUGGAGUGGGAAUUCCUAAGAAGUCGAGAUCCUUGGAUCUCAGGAGUCUCUAUGAAACUAAAAAUUCAAAAUGGUAUCAAAAUAGUAAUAAUUUGAAGCGGAAGGGUGGUGGUCUAGGUGAUGAUGAGAAGGGACAUAAAAACAAGAAGAGUAGAAAGGAGGUUUGCAUUAGUAGUUUUAAGAAUGUUAACAGUAGCUAUAGUAAGAGUUUAAAGGAAGUGUAUAAUGGGAGUUUGAGUUCAGGUUUGAAGGACCCGAGGACUGGGUUGAUUCAGAGACUGGCAGCUAGUAAUGGGUUUAGUGGUGCUUCGUUACCGUUGGAAGAUGGGGCUGUUAAAAUUCCUAGGCGAAAACGGGGUUUUGUGGGGCGAAGGAAGGUGGACAAUGGUAGUGAAGGGGGCAAGCUGGCAAGGGGGUUUGGCAGGGAAGUGGGCAAUGCUGACCAGGCUGAAAAGUUAACUGGUGAAGAUGAGGGUAAAGUGGUUGAGAAUGGCAGUCAGGAGUCGAAGGCAGUGGUGAUAUUGGUUAGUGUAGUGGGUGAUGUGGAUCAGGCUAGCAAGUUAACCGGUGAAGGUAAAGGUAAGCAGGUUGAGCAUUCAAAGGCUAAACAGAAGAAAAGUUCCGAUGAUUUGAAAGAAAAUAGAAAUGGUGAAUUGGAUGCAAGUAGGCAUUUGAAGGAAGAAGACGGGCAUGAUGGUCAUUCAGUUGUUACAAAAAGAGAUUCAUUGUUGAAGAAGUCUGAAAAUGGCCCUUUGGUUGUUAAUAAUGGGGAUUCAUCUCUGGAAAAGUCACUGAGGAAGCGGAGUAGGAAAAAAAAGGAUAUGGUGUCUAACAAGAAAAGAAGCAAGGAGGCUGACCCAUCAGUUGAUGCUUCUAUAAAGAUCAGUGAUGUUUUGCACGAUGAGGAUGAGGAGAAUCUUGAAGAGAAUGCAGCAAUGAUGCUAUCAUCACGAUUUGAUCCAAGCUGCACGGGUUUUUCUUCAAAUAGCAAAGCCUCAACUUCACCAUCUAAAGAUGGUUUCCAAGAAUUUGUUGCUCGUGAGUCUAGCUAUGUCUCUGGAUCUGAAUCUUCAUCUGUUGAUACUGAUGGUAGAGUAUUACGACCUAGGAAACAGAACAAAGAGAAGGGUAACAUGAGGAAACGGCGCCAUUAUUAUGAAAUUUUCUCUGGGGACUUGGAUGCACAUUGGGUUCUCAACCGGAGAAUAAAGGUCUUUUGGCCUUUGGACCAGAGUUGGUAUCAUGGUCUUGUUGGUGACUAUGACAAAGAUAGGAAGCUUCAUCAUGUAAAAUAUGAUGACCGGGAUGAGGAAUGGAUUGAUCUCCAAAAUGAAAGAUUUAAACUCUUGCUGCUCCCUUGUGAAGCUCCAGCUAAGACUCGAAGGAAAAGGUCAGUGACAAGAAACAAGCGCUCCAAUGGGGGAAAGGAAAAACUGAUGUCUAGAAAAGAAAAAAGGGACCUGAUGACAGAGGAUGAUAGCUAUGAAGGGGCUUAUAUGGACUCAGAGCCUAUCAUCUCAUGGUUGGCUCGAUCCACUCGUAGGGUCAAAUCCUCUCCUCUUUGUGCCUUGAAGAAACGGAAAACUUCUUAUCUAUCUUCUACUAGGACACCACUGUCUUCCCUAAACAGGGAUAGAGGCAAGUUAUGUAGUAAUUCUGCUUCAUCAGAGAGUGUCGCCACUGAUGGAAGGAGUGGUUUGCCUGUGAUGGAGAAGCCUGUUUACCCCAAAGAUAGUAAGCUCCCUAUUGUUUAUUACAGGAAGCGGUUCCGUGAGACAAGCAAUGUGUUGUGUCAUGAAUCCAAGGGUGUUCAUAUUUCUGCUAGUGUAGCAGAAUCUGUUAGAUCUCUGGUGUGUCAUACUGUUAAUUCUGGGCCUUUGGAAGGGCACAAUACUUCUCUUGGAAGAUUGAAUCCUGAUGAGGAUUUGGAUAGGUUGGAUGCUUUUGAUCCUUUAUGGUCAACUAAUAAAGCAGGGUUGUUGAGAUUAAAUAUUUCUGCCAUAGAACCAAGAUGGUUCAGGUUCAAGUUAAGCUUCCUAUUGCCUUCUGUCCCACUUCACUACUCAUUUGGCUCAGAAAUUGUUUGGUUGAUCCAUGCUAUGGCACUGCUUCAGUAUGGUAUGCUUAUGACUACAUGGCCAAGGAUUCAUUUGGAGAUGCUUUUUGUCGAUAAUGGGGUUGGAUUGAGGUUUCUCCUGUUUGAAGGUUGCUUGAAAGAGGCUGUAGCUUUUGUUUUCCUGGUCUUGGCAAUAUUUUAUCAACCUAUUGAGCAGCAGGGGAAAUGUGCUGACUUCCAGUUGCCAAUAACUUCAGUCAGGUUCAAAUUCUCUUGCAUUCAAGAUUUCAGAAAGCAGUUUGCCUUUGCAUUCUACAACUUCUCUGAAGUAGAGAAUUCAAAGUGGAUAUACCUGGACCAUAAGCUCAAAAAGCAUUGCUUGCUUUCUAGGCAAUUACCUCUGUCUGAAUGCACUUAUGAUAACGUGAAGGCCUUGCAAUGUGGAAUGAAUCAGCUCCUUAGUCCUUGGGCCUGCAGUGAUGCCACCUUAAAUAAGGUCUCGCAUAGGAGGUCUAGACAGAGCAUCGGUCGUGUGGGGUUCUCCAGAGAAUCUACUUGUGUUAAUGCUAAUCUGUCUUCUUCUAAGUCGGAUAAAAAUCACAGAUAUUUACCUUCAUUUGCGGUUUCUUUUACUGCUGCUCCUACUUUCUUUUUGGGUUUGCAUCUGAAGAUGCUUAUGGAACAUAGUAUGAUGCAUAUUAACUUUCUGGAUCACGAUUCAAUAGAGCAUCCAGAAAAAUCCAGUGGUUUGCUGGCUGACAGCUGUUCUAGUGUAGAGGACUGCUCCAAAGAAUAUUUAGAUGGUACUUCUGGUAAUGAUUUUAAAGCUUUGUUGAUGGGUGCUGACUUUGAUGGAUGCAUAUCUCAUGCUAAACCAGAGUCACAAACAGUUGAUGAGGCUGAUACUGGUUCUCAUACUCUUCUGAAGGGUAUUACGGUUGAAAUUCCAUCAGUUAAUUUGAACCAGCAUGUUAAUAAGGAAGUACACAGUGUUCAACGGUCCUCUGAUCUGUCAUGGAAUAUGAAUGGUGGCAUUAUUCCCAGCCCAAACCCUACUGCUCGCAGAAGUACCUGGUAUCGAAAUAGAAGUAGUUCUGCAUCUUUUGGGUGGUCUGAUGGAAGAACUGGCUUUCUUCAAAACAAUUUUGGUAAUGGACCUAAGAAGCGACGGACACAUGUUUCUUAUGCAUUGCCUUUAGGAGGUUUUGAUUACAGCCCGAGGAAUAGAGGACAACAGCAGAAAGGGUUUCCACAUAAACGAAUCAGGACAGCCACUGAGAAGAGGACUUCAGACAUUUCCAGGGGUUCUGAAAGAAACUUAGAGUUGUUGUCUUGUGAUGCAAAUGUGUUGAUUACAAAUGGUGACAAAGGAUGGAGAGAAUGUGGGGUGCAGGUUGUACUAGAGCUUUUUGAUCAUAAUGAGUGGAGGCUUGGUGUUAAGCUUUCUGGAACUACAAAGUAUUCAUACAAGGCACAUCAGUUUCUGCAAACUGGGUCAACAAAUCGGUUUACACAUGCCAUGAUGUGGAAAGGAGGAAAAGAAUGGACAUUGGAAUUUCCUGAUAGGAGCCAGUGGGUUCUUUUUAAAGAGAUGCAUGAAGAAUGCUACAAUCGGAACAUGCGAGCUGCAUCAGUUAAAAACAUCCCUAUUCCUGGGGUCCGCCUGAUAGAGGAAAAUGAUGAUAAUGGAAUAGAAGCACCAUUUUUCCGGGGUUUUAAGUACUUUCAGCAGCUUGAAACAGAUGUUGAGUUGGCUUUGAAUCCAUCAAGGGUGCUAUAUGAUAUGGAUAGUGAUGAUGAGAAGUGGAUGCUGGAAAAUCGAAGUUCUUCAGAAGUCAACAGUAGUUCACGGCAUAUUUCAGAAGAAAUGUUUGAGAAGGCGAUGGACAUGUUUGAGAAGGCUGCAUAUUCUCAACAGCGGGACCAGUUUACAUCUGAUGAAAUAAUGAAACUUAUGGCUGGACUUGGGCCCACAGGAGCCAUCAAAAUCAUCCAUGAAUAUUGGCAUCACAAGAGGCAGAGGAAGAGAAUGCCUCUGAUCCGUCAUCUCCAGCCACCGCUCUGGGAAAGGUAUCAGCAGCAAUUGAGGGAGUGGGAGCAAGCAAUGGAAAGAAGCAACACAAGCCUCCCCAGUGGAUGCCAUGGGAAGGUUGCACUCGAAGACAAGCCACCCAUGUAUGCUUUCUGUUUGAAUCCUCGGGGUUUGGAAGUGCCUAACAAGGGAUCAAAACAAAGGUCACAUAGGAAAUUUUCAGUUGCUGGAAAAAGCAAUGCGUUUGCAGGAGAUCAUGAUGGUUUUCAUCCAUGUGGAAGAAGAAUAAAUGGCUUUGCUUCUGGAGAUGAAAAGACUAUAUAUCCAGUACAUAACGAUGAAUCUUUUAAUGACUCCCCAUUGCCUCGGAUAUCACCCAGGUUCUUCUCACCACAAGAUGCUUGUGCCCCUGGAUAUUUCUCAAUGACUGGUGAUAGGUAUGAUAGAAAUCAUCUCCAGAAACUUCGCAGGACCAAGUCAAAGAAACUUGGGACCUGUGUGUCUCCCUAUAGUAUUCAGAUGGCUUCUUUAUAUAACCAGAGAAUGAUGGAUCAGGGUAAUGGAUUUCAUCGGUGGAAUGCAAGUUUUUCUGACUGGCCUAGUCAGCAGCAUCACCAGAUAGAUUUUAAUGCGAGACAUGGCCUUGAACAGUUAAAUGGUUCAGAUCUUGAUGAAUUCAGGUUGCGUGAUGCUUCUGGUGCAGCUAAGCAUGCACUCAGUAUGGCUAAUAUCAAGAGAGAAAGGGCACAAAGACUGCUGUACAGAGCAGAUCUUGCAAUUCACAAGGCUGUGGUUGCUCUAAUGAAUGCUGAGGCUAUAAAAGCUUCUUCUGAGGACUUAAAUGUUGAUGGGUAGAAUGAAAAAACCACAUAUGAGAUGAUACGAAUUUGCCAGCCCCUUCAGCUUGCAGUCUGCAUCCUCUGAAUCCAAAGAAUUCAGUUAUAGACUUCACAUUGUUUUUGCUGGAACAGUCUGGUGUUUCUUUUAUCAGUGGCUGUGACUUUUUGUCAUUAGCCUCUCCAGUGGGUUUCUAACAAGAGUGCUGUGGCAUUUAGAGGGAAGAAAGGUUUUUUUAUGUUUGCCCCUGCCGCAUUAACCUUUCAUCAAUCUGGCAGUUUUGGUUAGUGACUUUCCAGGUCUUAUACCCUCUCUUUUUUUUAAUUCCUGGUAGCUGGUUUACCUGCACAGAUCCUGCUGGUAAAUGGGUGUGUGGAGUUUUGGCUGUGGAUCUUUGUACAGAUUUUUGUUUCCUUUUCUUUUUGUUUUUUUUCCUUAACCAUGAUAACAAAGUAGCAGUUGGCCGAAAUAAUACGACACCCCUGGAUUCGACUUACAAGUUCCCAUCUGAUUCAACAUUGGAGCAUUCACUAGAUUGAUAUGUCUCAACAGAAUGCAUUAUCCAUGAAAGUAGAGGAGGAAAAAUCCUGUAAGUAAUUUCUUAUAAUCUUUGAUAGAGAUUCAUUGGAGGUGUAUAAUUUAUUUCUGGAUCAUUGUUUCAAAUCCUUGUCAAUAUUUAGUUAGAUUCCUUGAGUAACAGAGAGGUGGAAAGUUUGUGGCCUUUCUUGUUCUUGUCAAUAUUUUGUUAUUUAAGCAGUAAAUAAACACGUAGAAGUUCAUGGGUUCUUCA